GGGAAGCUGGGAGCCGGAGAUAAAAAGCAAACGGGGCGAGGCUGGCCUGGUCCCUGGGAGGAGAAGAGGAAACCUUUGCCACUGUUCCGGAGAGGCCCCUCUGCUUCAGGAUACACCAUUGUCACAAACCCAUCUUCACAACAAUCCUGAAAGAUUGAAAGAGUUUGGGCCCAAGUCACUCAUUUCGCCAUGGCUAAAUGAGGAUUUGGCCUACAUAAAACCCAGAGGAAUAUUUUUGAAGCAGCACCCCCAGGCUCCAUCUUCAAAAUGUGGCGGUCCGUAGUGGUUCUGUUUCUCCUGGUAGCCCUCACCAGCACCCGGAACGUUCCCAUCUUCCCUCCUCUCUCCCAUGACAUGGUGAACUACAUCAACAAGCUCAACACCACUUGGCAGGCUGGGCACAACUUCCACAAUGUAGACAUGAGUUACGUGAAAAAGUUGUGUGGCACAUACUUGCAUGGCCCCAAGUUGCCUGAAAGGUUUGAAUUUGCCGGUGACUUGGAAUUACCUGACAGCUUCGACUCACGGAAGCAGUGGCCAAGCUGUCCAACAAUCAACGAGAUCAGAGACCAAGGUUCUUGUGGCUCCUGCUGGGCAUUUGGUGCUGUGGAAGCCAUGUCUGACCGGGUUUGUGUCCAUACCAAUGGCAAAGUGAAUGUGGAGAUCUCUGCAGAAGACCUUCUCUCUUGCUGCGGCUUUGAAUGUGGAGUGGGGUGUAAUGGGGGCUAUCCUUCUGGAGCAUGGAAGUACUGGACUGAGAAAGGCUUGGUGUCUGGUGGGCUUUAUGAUUCUCAUGUGGGCUGCAGGCCAUAUUCCAUCCCACCUUGUGAGCACCAUACCAAUGGCACACGGCCUCCCUGCAGCGGCGAAGGUGGUGAAACCCCAGAAUGUGUCAAAAAGUGUGAAGCUGGCUACACGCCUUCGUACCCAGAGGACAAGCACUAUGGCGUUACCUCAUAUGGUGUCCCUCGCAGCGAGAAGGAGAUAAUGGCUGAAAUCUACAAGAACGGACCAGUGGAAGGAGCCUUUGUUGUGUACUCUGACUUCCUCUUGUACAAGUCAGGUGUCUAUCAACAUGUUUCUGGAGAAGAGGUUGGUGGCCAUGCCAUCCGGAUUCUGGGCUGGGGAGUCGACAAUGGCACACCAUACUGGCUGGCAGCCAAUUCCUGGAACACAGACUGGGGCGAAAAUGGUUUCUUCAGAAUCCUCCGUGGAGAGGACCACUGUGGAAUUGAAUCAGAGAUUGUUGCUGGAAUCCCAAAGACAAGCAAUUACUGGAAGAUGCUGUAAUAAUGUUGCUCGUCUGAAUCCAGCUGAAUGUUCUACACAUAAUCAAGUUGAUUUUAUCCUGUGGAGAAGCAAGCGGUCAUGACGAAACCGCAUGCUCCUGAGAUAUUUUAGACUUCAGAUUCUUUUUAAUAAACCCUUUAAAAAUGUUUUAAAAAUUAUUGCACAGUGCUGCUGUCUCCAGCAGGCUGCCUUUGCAUCAGGAGAGUGAGACUCAUAGAUUGUGUUUUGCCCAAAGCUUACCUUGGCUGCUAGACAAAACAGCAGACAAGUCACUGAGGUGAAACUGACUGUACUAAGUGGGACAACUCUAGAGGAAUCGAGAACAAAAGGACAGAAUUGGAUUUGAGCCAGUCCCCCCAGUCAUUCUCUCACUUCCUAGCUGAUGUAGAAGUGAUGGGAAAAUGUCUUAAUAUAAUUGCACCAUCUGUCUUGAUCUGGGUAUUCUGCAGAGCUGUGGAGACAACAGUAUGACUGGACUGCUGGGGGCAACUCUUGGUGAGCCAUAACAUGGUUCCAAAGAGGACUUCACCAUUAACUUCCAUAGUGAUGGGUUAGAAGGCAUGUUAAAAUCAUUGUCUGUUGAUUAAACCUGGGCUGGGCUGGGAUCUUGAAGAUCAGCAUCUUGAUGGCGUGACAUUGGGGCUGUCGGAUUGGGGACAAUGAUAAGCCAUCUUGUUCCUUGCAUCUGCUAAUACAUUGGUUUUUAAACUGUUACGUCUUGGAUUCCAGCUCCCAGAAUUCCUGAUUGUUGGUCAAGCUGGUUGGGGCUUUUAGGGAGUUGAAAUCCAACACACCUGGAAGAUCCAAGUUUGGAAACCAUGGUGCCAUUCCCCCUUUUCUUCUUGCUCCAUCUCUCCAUGUUGCUGAACAGUCGGGAAAGAUGGAGAGGCAGUGGACACGGAGGCUAUGUUUUUUAUACUGACCCAACCCAAACAGGGUUCUGCUGUAGCUGUUUCUGGAAACUUCACAUUUGUACUUCAUUGGACUACAGUGCCACCAACAUGGCUAGUGGUUUGAGGCUUCUGUUGUUUUUAAUGGGAUUUAAUCAUGGGAAGCAACUAUUGGAGCCUGGUAUGUCUUUCUACGCAAAAUCUAAGUGUCAGACUUUAUUUUAAUGCCUUUCAAAGUCUUUCCUCUAAUAAGAUAACUGCACUAGCUGAAUUUGCACAUGAACAGUUACUGCUUCAGAAUAUAUAUAUUGCAAAUUGUCAGUAAAGAACAUAAGAGAGCAGUGAUCAAUGCAUGCAGAUCAGCGACAGAGGAAUAUAGGUUUGGAUCCAGACUUCGCCAUAGUUAAAGUCGACAUAUUAAUGCAGAUUCAAGUCCAUUGAUUUUAAAUUUACUGCAAUUGGUAUACUGUAAGUAUGACAACUUGGAUCUGGCCCAGAGACUCCAUUAUUUCACUAGCUUCCAGCUUCAAAUGUACUUGUAAAAUGCAAAAAAAAAAAAAAAAAACAAACAAACCCUUUAAACAUGUGGUUGCUGCAAGAGCAGCCAAAUGUUUACCAGUGUGGCUUCAGUGUUCUUUUUUCUUUCCAAUAAAGUGUCACAAUCUC